AUGGAGGACCUGGAGCUGAACAAGAACGCCUUCACGGGGCCGCUGCCCGCGUCCUGGGGCUCCUUCUCAAAGCUGACAACGCUUUGGCUUAGCACCAACAAGCUCCAGGGCAGCAUUCCCGCCUCCUGGGGCGCGCUGGGCGCGGUGCCCAUCACCACCCUGGUCCUUAAAGAGAAUGCUGGCUUGGUGGGCUGCCUGCCGCGGGGCCUUGAGAGGUUCCAAGGCAACACUGACGUCUGCCAGGGCACGGGCCUGAA